GAUCAAAAUUAAUACCAAAACGGAAGAUUAUGCAAAUUUCUUAAAAAUGGCGCCACAAGAAAGAAAUUCAUACGUCUCCGAAGAUGAAUCACAAAACACAUCGAAUAAUUUAUCUCACAUAGAUUUGAGCGGCGGUUUCGUCAACAAGGCAUACGAGAAUGACAGUACAGAUGUUGCCACACCAAAAAAUUUACCCGCAAACGAGGAAGAAAAGAAAAAGAACACAGAUUUUGACGAUUUGUUGCCAUACGUCGGGGAGUUUGGACUAUAUCAAAAGAUUUUGUUCCUACUAAUGAUACCAUUUGCAUUUUUCGUUGCAUUCGUGUAUUUUUCACAAAUUUUUAUGACGAUCGUCCCUGAGGAGCAUUGGUGUUGGGUGCCCGAACUCGCUAAUUUGACGGUGGAAGAGAGACGAGCUCUUGCCAUUCCACCUUCAGAUGGUCCAUUCUCCCAUGAUCGUUGCAAGAUGUAUUCGGCAGACUUUAGCCAGGCUUUGGCUGAUGGCAGAACAACUCCUGAUGAUGAAUGGCCCAUCGUACCUUGCAAAUAUGGAUGGGAGUACAACAAGUCUGAUGUUCCAUAUGACACUAUUGCUUCGGAGCUGGACUGGGUGUGCGAGAAGGACAACCUAGCAGCGACAGCUCAAGCCAUCUUCUUCUGUGGUGCCAUAGUAGGUGGUCUAGUUUUCGGCUGGAUAGCUGACAAGUACGGGCGAAUUCCCGCUUUAGUAGGCACCAACCUCCUUGGUUUCUCAGCAGGAAUUGGAACUGCUUUCUGCAAUAGCUUCCUCACAUUUGCUCUCUGCAGAUUCUUCGUAGGACUUGCCUUCGAUAACUGCUUCACUAUGAUGUAUAUACUUGUUUUGGAGUACGUUGGUCCCAAAUGGAGAACUUUUGUAGCCAACAUGUCUAUCGCUCUGUUCUUUACCCUGGCCGCAUCACUGUUACCCUGGAUCGCGCUGUGGGCUGAUGAUUGGCGGAUGUUCGCGAUGGGAACCAGUCUGCCGUUCGCAUUGGCUAUAUUAACACCUUGGUUGGUCCCUGAAAGUGCUAGGUGGUUAGUCUCUCAAGGAAAGAUUGAUAAAGCCCUUACAAUCAUGAAGAAGUUUGAAAGAAUCAACAAGACCAAAAUACCUGAAAAAGUACUCAGUGAUUUUACAGAAUCAUCCCUGAAAACCAUAAAAGAAUCCGAAGCUGAAUGCAGAACAUACUCCGUGCUGGACCUAUUCAAAACUCCUCGGUUGAGACGGAAUGCUAUACUUCUUAUUGUGAUCUGGAUGGCCAUAUCCCUGGUCUUUGAUGGCCAUGUCAGGAAUGUUGGGUCUUUAGGUCUGGACAUCUUUCUGACGUUCACUAUUGCGUCAGCUACAGAACUGCCCGCUGAUACGUUUUUGACUGCUGUUUUGGACAGAUGGGGUAGAAGAUGGCUGGCGUGUGGUUCCAUGGUGAUCAGUGGUAUCUUCAGUCUACUGGCUACUACUGUGCCUGUCGGUGGCCCAUCAGCUUCUCUAGCUAUCCUCGGCCGCUUCGCCGUGAAUAUCUCUUACAACAUUGGUCUGCAGUACGCGGCAGAACUGCUGCCCACUGUAGUGAGAGCUCAAGGAGUCGCUCUCAUACACAUCAUGGGUUACGUUGCCUCCAUCGUUGCACCAUUCGUUGUGUACUUGGCCAACAUCUCUCAAGAUCUUCCACUCCUGAUUCUCGGUGUGCUGGGAAUAGCUGGGGGUCUACUCUGUCUCUUCCUGCCAGAAACCAUGGACACGGAGAUGCCCCAAACUCUUCUUGAUGGAGAGAACUUUGGCAAGGAUCAGAGGUUCUGGGACAAUCCUUGUUUCCCCAGGAAAAAGGCAGAGCAAGAAGAAGGCGAGGAACAACCAGGAAGGUACACCAAACGGUCUUCUGUGUCCGCCACUGAGCCUCAGGAGUUCGUCAGAGCAGUUCCAAGUGCCAUAGGAUCUAGAGCCUCCAUCAGGGCCUCCAUAAGAGCAAGUACCAGGGCGUCAGCGAGAAGAAGAGAUGUCAAUAAGGAUAGAAACGUCGUCUGAAGAAGAAUCGCCAUUUUCUUCUAGCUAUUCG